AUGAGAUCAAUCAAAUGUGUUGUGGUGGGAGACGGUGCAGUUGGUAAGACGUCUUUGCUUAUAUCGUACACCACAAAUACCUUUCCGCAGGAUUAUAUCCCAACAGUUUUUGAUAAUUAUUCUACAACGGUUCUAUUGCCAAAUCCGUAUUUCGAUGAGGAAAGUGAUGAUUCUAAGGACGAUUCUCAAUUGUUCAAGUUGAACUUGUGGGAUACUGCUGGCCAGGAAGAGUAUGAUCGUUUGAGACCAUUGUCAUAUCCUCAGACAGAUGUUUUCCUUGUGUGUUUUUCGAUUAGCGAGCCAAGUUCAUUGAAAAAUGUCGUUGAUAAAUGGUGUCCUGAGAUACUUCAAAAUUCUGGUUUAGAGAGCACAGAUUUCUACAAGAAAUUGGGUAAAUACCCAAUUUUUCUCGUUGGUACAAAGUCUGAUUUGCGAGAAUCAGCAGGUGAGGCAGAAAGAUUGAAGGAAUUGAAUUCUGAUUUUGUCUCACAAGAUGAGAUCGAUAGUGUCGUUAAACAAUGUGGUUUUAUCGGUUAUGUUGAAUGCUCUGCAGCAACUCAAUCAGGUGUGAGGGAAGUCUUUGAGCAGUCGGUUUCUUCGGUUGUUUAUGACCCAGAAAAAGUUGAUAAAGACAAAUUAAGAGCUGAAAGGAAGCAAGUAAGAGACCAGCAACAGCAAAAUGAAAAGGAGCAGCAGCGUCAACUAGCACAAGAACCAAUUCAAGGACAGCAGCAGCAGCAAAAACAGAAGCAACAACAAAAAGUUUUAUAUGAAAACUCUGCGGAGAGCACAGUGAAGCCGCAGAAGAAGAAGAGAAUAACCCCUGCCUCUGGUGUAAAAUAUCUGAAAAAGUUAAAGAAGAAAUCAACUUGUGCUAUACUGUAA